AUGGAAAAUUCAAUUAGACAUUCUAUAGAUAUAAAAUCAGAAGAUUUCGUUGUUAUAAUUGCUCUUCAAAAUUUACAAACAUUUAUUAUGAUAGGAUAUACAGCAGUUAAUAAAGUUCAUUUAAGUUUUGAUUUUUCUUAUUUAUGGGCAUUGUGUGUAGGAACAUUAUUAUUUAUAUAUUCAUUAAUUAGCUUUGUUAUAAUUAGAACAUUUGUAUUCUCAAAAAUUGAUAUAGGAAAAUAUAUAUUAGAACUACUGUUUAUUGCUAGUAUAAUUGUUACAUGCUCCUUAUCUAUAAUAAUUGAUUCCUUUAAAAUAGCAAAUAUGCAAUUAUUAUUUUUCUCUUUUGCUUUAACUGGAUAUGCAUAUUAUAAUUUAAUAACUUUAAUUUUUUUUAGUGUAUCAAUAGGUAUUUUAAUUGAGUAUAAUUUGAAUGUAGAAGGGUUUGCUUCAAAUAUAGAUGCUUUAUUUUUUAUAGAUUUGUUAUCCUAUAUUUUACAAAUAAUUGGUGGAAAUAUUUUGUAUUUUCGUAUGUAUGAAUUAUGCCAUCUAAUAGUGUUAUCUAAAAAAAAUCCAUGUAAAUAUGUGGUGGCUUCAAAAGAAGUAAAGCAUUUAGAAAAACAAAUUUUUACAUCUUUGCUGAAUUCCUAUAUGUGCUUUAAAUCAAAAACAUAUUCUGAUUUAGCUUAUACUAAUGAUUUAUUAAAUAAAGAUAAUUCUAUUUUAGAUAAUGAUAUGAAGACAAAUUCUAUUAUAUCUCAAACUAAACCAAAUUCUAAUAAAAUUUUUCACUUUGAUAGUGAUAAUAAUAAUAAUAAUAAUAAUGAUAUUAAUAAUAAUAAUAAUAAUAAUAGUAAUAAUAAUAAUAUUAAUAAUAAUAAUAAUGAUAUUAAUAAUAAUAAUAAUAGUAAUGAUAAUAAUAAUAAUAAUAUUAAUAAUAAUAAUAAUAAUACAAAUUCUUAUCUUAAAAAAUUAAAAAUUUCAAAUACACUAUCUUUUAUUAACAACUCUAAUUAUAAUACAAAAACUCUUAGUUUAGUGAAAAAGAUUUCGAAUAAAAAACUACACAGUAAUAAUAAUAAUAAUAAAGAAGUUACUAAAAAAAAUUCUGCAUACUUAGAUAAUUUAAAAAAUCAGGACAAAUUAGAGCAAAUUUCUAAAGAGUUAAGAAACUCAGAAGUAGAUAAAUUACCUCAUAUAAAAAAUAAAUAUGAAUAUUUAGAAAAAAAAAAGAAACUAAAAAAAAUAGAUAAAUUUCCAAAAAAGGAAAAAUCGGGAUUAAUAAUAAACAGCAAAAAAAGUUUGUUUAUGACAGAAGAUACUCAUAAAGAAGAGAUUUUUAAUAAUGAUAAUUAUGAAAACUCAAAAACAGAUGAAAUAAAUAAUGAAAAUCAUGAAUCUAUUAUAACAGUUAGAAGUAGUACAAUGGAUGAUAAUAUAAGAAAAGAUAAUAUAUUAUUAGGAAAAAAAAUGAAGUCUGAUUUCAUAAUUAAUAUUUUAAAUAAUAAAGAUGAUAAUGAAAAACAUUACAUGAAAAAUAAUAUUGAGAAAAGAAAAGACAAGAUAAGUAUUAAUAGUGAAAGAACACUCAAACAUUGUUACAAAAGGAAUUGUAAUCAAAAUGAUUUUAAUGACCUAAAUUAUAAUAAAAAAAUAAUAAUAAAUGAUUCUAAUUGUGAUAAGCAUGCUAUAAAUGAUAACUCAUAUAAAUUCAAUAAAAAUAAUACAUAUGAACAUAAUAUAUAUGAAGAUGAUGAUUAUCAUUUUCAUUAUAGCAUGAAUUAUUUCUCAAAAAGGUCAAGUAAAAAAAAAAAGAACAAGGAAUUAAAUAAAAACGAAACUAAAAAAAGUUCUGAAAGAAACACAAGCAAUUUAAAUGAAAUUCUAUAUGAUGAAAAUAAGGAAAAUAAUGAUUUGUUUAAAUCAGAAGGAAAGAGCAAAAUGAAAUAUUUAAAAAAAAAAUUUUUUUAUUCUAAAAAUAAUAAUUUUUUAAAUUUUUUAUUCAGAAACAAUAAAGAAAAGAUACAUAAUAACAAUUUAAUUAAAAAAAAAAAAAAUAGUAACAUGGAAGAAAUAUAUGAAGAUAUUUAUGAAUAUAAUGAAUCAAAGUGUGAUAACAAUUUAAAAAGAAGUAAUUAUAAUAUAAAUUUUGAAAGCACAAUAAGAAAAAAUGAAAGUAUAUUAGAAAAAAAAGAGAAUAAAGAAAAAAAGGGAAUACAAAAUGAAAAUAUGAAAAGAAAGAAAUCUAAAGUUGAAACGGAAAAUAAUUAUUAUAAAAAAAAUAGUAUUGAACAAAGUGAAAAUGAUAAAAAUUGUAUUUAUAAAUACGAUCAAAAAUAUUUUAUUGAUAAAAAUAAUAAUAAUAAUAAUAAUAAAUACAAUAUCGAAAAAAACUAUAUUAAUAAUGAAACAAAAUAUGGUAAAUGUAAAAGUGUUGAACUUACAGUGAAUAGAAAUACAAUAGAUGAAUCUAAAGAUACUCUAAGAUUAGAAAAUAAAUUAAUGUCUAAAAACAUAUUUUUGUCAGAAGGUAGUGAAAUGAAUGAGAAUAAUAAUGAUAUAAUAUUAAAAUGUGAAAAAAAGACUUUAUAUAAAAAUGUUCUUUUUCGUAAAUCUAAAAGUUCUCUCUAUAUAAGUAACGACAGUGAAAAUAAUUCAAAUAAUUGUACAUUGAGUAAUAACAGAUCUAGAAUAUUUGUAUCUAAUUAUUUGCAUAAAAUAUCAAAUAAAGAAGCAAGAAGUGGAAGUAAUAGUAAUUCUAAUUAUAAAUAUGAUAAGAAAAGCGCUAGUAAUCAACAACAUGAAAUAUUAGAUAAAAUUAUAGAACUAGAUAUUAGUAGCCAAACAAAAAAAAGCAAAAAAAAAAAUAAAAAAAAAGAAUUAUCAUUAUCAAAAAAAAAAAUAUAUUUUACUUCAAAAAAAAGAAAAAGAUAUAAAUUAUUUUUUUUAGAUAAUCCCAAAUUAAAAAUUUUAUUUAUGUCCCUUCCAAGAUGUUUUAAAAAUAUAUAUGAUUUAUCAAAGAGAGUUUUUGUUGAUUUAAAAAAGAAAAAAAUACUGAUGCAAAAUGCAACAUGGAAAAAUAAAAGUUUCAUACCUGAAAGAGAUCCAUUAGGUUUAUUUAAAAAUACUAAGUUAGAAAACUGGUAUAUAACAUGGAUGAAUGAAUUUAACAAAAAUAUUAUUUCUAAAACAUACUAUAUAUAUAUAUAUUUAAUAAUAUACAUAAUAGCAUUAGAUUUACUAACAUCAUAUAAAUUAUAUUGCACUAAUAUUGCAAAUAGUGCAUUACUACAUCAAAAUUAUUUAAGCUAUUUUCUUCUUAAGACUCUAGUUAAUGCCUUUAUAUAUAUUUCUUUUUUCUCAUUAUUUAAAAAUAAAAAUAAAAAUGAUUAUGAUAUCAGAAAGUAUUAUAUUUUAACACUUUUCUUAUGUAUUAUAAAGCUAAUAAUAUGUUCAGUUGAUAUUUAUGUGGCAAUUAGUUCUUUAGAUUAUUUUAGAAGUCCAUAUUUUGUUUAUAUAUAUAUUCAUAUGUUAAUUAUUCAAACAUCAGUAUUACUAAUAGUUAGAUACCCUACACAAUAUUUACUAUUUUUUAUAUAUCUUAUUUGCUUUUCUUCAAUUUAUUGGACUUUCUCAAUUCAAAAAUCAUUCAUGGAAUUUAUUUUUAUUAUAGCAUGUAUUAUAUUUACAAUAAUAUAUUCUUAUAUUUUAUGUUCAAGAACUUUAGAAAUCAACAGAAGAAUACUUUUUUCUAAAUAUGAAUUACCAUAUUUAUUGUAUUUAAAAGAGAUUGUUUAUUGCUUAAAUAAAAAUCAAAAUAAAGGUUAUCUGUAA